GAAUUCACAUUUAUUUUAAUUUGUUUCGCAAAAUUUUCAGUCAACAAAAUAUGACUCGUCAGCGAAGAGAAGUCAAAUAUUUUGCAACGAGUGAAAACAAUCCACCCAGCGGCAUCGAACAGGCCGUUGUCUUCAUAAGCCACAUAUUAAUUAUACUAACGUUUCCGAUCUCGAUCUUUCUCUCUCUGAUCGUCUUAUCCGAAUAUCAAAGGGCCGUCAUAUUUAGAUGUGGACGUUUGAGACGUGGUGGAGCACGUGGUCCGGGUCUAGUCUUUAGAAUACCAUGUGUAGACUUUUGUGUAAAAGUUGAUUUGCGAACGAAGUCGUACCAUGUGCCAGCACAAGAAAUUCUCACGAAAGAUCAUGUGACAAUCAGCUUGGACGCUGCGGUUUACUAUCGCAUAUUCGACCCCUUACUGGCGGUAAUACAAGUAGAGAAUGUGCAUUUAGCCACCAGCAUGUUGGCGCAAGCGACGCUGCGGAAUGUAGCCGGACAGAAGCACGUUCUGGAAUUGAUGUCCGAAAAGGAUGCGGUCUCAAUGGCCAUGGCGGCGUUACUGAAAAGCGCAACAGCACCGUGGGGGGUAUUUGUUGAGCGUGUUGAAAUCAAAGACGUACGCCUGCCACUUCAAUUACAGCGUGCCAUGGCCGCUGAAGCCGAAGCUAUACGCGAGGCAAAAGCGAAGGUGGUUUCAGCCGAAGGUGAAUUGAGCGCCUCGAAAUCUUUGAAAGCCGCAUCCGAUGUUAUAGCAGCAAAUCCCGUAGCGCUGCAGCUGCGCUAUUUGCAAACCCUGAGUCUUAUUUCCGGUGAUCAAAAUAAAAAUAUCAUAUUUCCAUUCCCCGUGAAUUUGAUAAGACAACUAAUGAUGGGCAAAUGUAAUGAGCCUAGUCAGGAAAGCUCAUCCAAGAAAAGAGCUUCAAGUAAUCUAAAGGACGAGUUAGAAAUUAAUCGAGAGGUGGACGAAGCCUUAGAGGAAGCAUAUAGAGUUUUGGACUGCAAAAUUGUAAAAUUAUCACAAGAAAGCUAAAUGGAAUAUAAAAAGUCAUGCGAGUAUUUGCAUCUACUCCAUUUGAAAAACGUCGGCUUGAUUUGCGAAAAUCUGUCGUAAUUUAAAUUAUGCGUCAUAUUAU